AUGCCACCGAGUAGCGAUUCGCUAGCAUCUACAACCACCACUACAAUUAUAAAUUUCCCUGCGUCAACCUCUUCUAUCCCGUAUGCAGUCACGGUACAGCAAGAUGCCGUUACCAUUACCAAAACCGUCACUGCAGAUCCACCAGAGCCUGAACCUAUCAUAAGUCCAUUACCUAGCCCGAUAAGGAUGUUAUCACUAAAACAAUCACAGAGAGUGGAGAGACUAUUACCAAGCCAGUUGAUGGCUCUACAGAAGCCGCUGAUACUCAAGAAUCAAGCCUCACUACACGAUAUGUUUCAU